AUGACUGAAGGCUACACAGGAAACGACCUUUCUCAAUCUUCUGUAGCGCUCACGGUGCUGGAGAUAGAGCGUGUUGAUUUGCAGUGCACGGUGAACAAUAACGAACACCACACAGAGCUGAAUGGAGUAGACAGACUGAUAGUGAGGAGAGGUCAACCCUUUAACAUCACCCUGUACUUGCGAGCUGGCUCACACUUUCAACAUGGAAGCAACAUCAACCUCAUCACCACUACAGGGCCAAACCCCUCUGAAAUUUCAGACACUGCUGUCAAAUUCGGACUCGGUAAAUUUAUAUCCAAAGUCCGCUGGAGUGCGACAGCAACUGUAGCAUCUGAGAGCAGCGUAUCACUCUCUAUUGGCUCUCAUCCUGAUGCCCCUAUAGGGUUGUAUCAACUUGUCCUUGAGCAGGUCAACAAGGAAGUAAAGAAAGUCAACUUGGGCCAGUUUGUGCUUCUCUUUAACCCCUGGUGCAAGAGAGAUUCUGUGUAUUUGGCGAGUGAGGCUGAGAGGCAGGAGUAUGUCCUGUCUCAGGACGGACUGAUCUACCGUGGAAAGCCCAAACACAUCACUGUACUCCCAUGGACCUUCGGACAGUUUGAGCCUGGUAUAUUGGACAUCUGUCUCAGAGUUUUGGAUGAAAACCCAAAGCACCUGGAGGACCCAGUGAAGGACUGUUCAUACCGGAGAAGCCCUGUCUAUCUGACCCGAGUCAUCAGUGCCAUGAUAAACAGCAAUGAUGAUAAUGGUGUUCUGGUGGGGAACUGGUCGGGAGAUUAUGAGGACGGAAUCAAACCCACUACAUGGAAGGACAGUGGUGUUAUUUUACACCAGUGGAACCAACAGAAUUGCACAGGGGUGCGAUAUGGCCAAUGCUGGGUGUUUGCUGCUGUGACAUGCUCAGUGUCCAGGUCGCUGGGUAUCCCCUGUCGAGUGGUCACCAACUACGAAUCAGCUCAUGACACAAACAGCAACUUGCUCAUUGAACGCUAUUACAACGAGAUCGACGAGGAUAUAAGUGAUGACUCCAUAUGGAACUACCAUGUAUGGGUAGAGAGUUGGAUGACUCGUCCUGACCUUAGGCUCGGGUACGAGGGUUGGCAGGCCAGUGAUCCCACACCACAAGGAACAAGUGAUGGCAUGCAUUGCUGUGGUCCAGUCCCUGUUAGAGCAGUGAAGGAAGGUGACCUGAGUGCAAACUACGACGCCGCAUUUGUUUACGCCGAGGUAAAUGCAGAUGUGGUGGAAUACAUAAGCCUGAGUGAUGACCAAGUGGUAAAAGUAGGAGGAUCGGCUACUCAAGUGGGCCAGUGCAUCAGCACCAAAGCAGUGGGCACAGACGAGAGAGAGGACAUCACGCAUCACUACAAAUACCCUGAAGGUUCCAAAGAGGAGAGACGGGUGUUUGAGACGGCCAACCACAUAAACCGACUAAUUCGAAACGAGGAAGUGCCCGGCCUGCACGUCAAGAUAAAACUGAGCCCUGCUAUGAUGGUGGGUUCAGACUUUGAAGUCUACGCACGGGUCCUAAACAACACGGACACCCCAAAGAACUGCCGUCUGAUGUUUUACGCCCAGGCUGUGUCAUACAACGGCAAACUCGGGGAGACGUGCGGCCUGACGGAGCUCAGCGAGGUUAACCUGGCCCCGGCAGAGGGAAGUAAAGCAACACUUUGCCUAAAAUAUUCAGGGUAUAGAAGAGCUAUAACUCAAGACCGAAUGAUCAAACUGGUUGCUCUGCUUAUCGACUUGGAGACCAAGGAGUUACAAAGAGCAGCAAAGACCAUAGUACUGGAAAACCCUUCCGUUAUCAUCCUGGUUCUAAGGGAUCCUAAAGUAGGUCUUCCUGUUUUGGUUAAUGUGAUCCUGCAAAAUCCUCUGCCUGAAUCGCUGGAAAACUGCGUCUUCUCUUUACACGGAGCCAACCUGACGGACGGCACGGCCAUCACCAAAGAAGUUGGGACAGUCGACCCUGAGGACCUCGCUACUGCUGAAUUCGAGUUCACACCUACAGCUCCAGGAAAACGGAAACUAGUGAUAAACUUCUCCUCCGAUAAACUGAGCAACGUGCACGGAUACAGUAAUAUAACCAUCGACGAAUAAACGCUUCGUUUGGUGCUGACCAAACUGCUUCACAUUCACUCGGUGCGACUGGACAGACAGACGAGUUCACACUUCGCAGUUUCUCUGUAACAUGAAAAGCUACGUUAGUUUUGUCCUAUCGAGGACAAGAGAGAAACAAUGAGAGGCUGUUGAGGAAACGACGUCGUCUUAUAGCCACAACAAGCGAUCGUUACAUUGCGGUUACUUGCGAGUAACUAAGAAAUCGUCGCAUUUAGCAGCUGAUUUUAUUCUUUUUGCUCAAAAUGACCUCAGGAUUAUUAAGUCUUAUUUCUUAGGUUAGGAAGAAAUGCAAAGCAAUGACAAUGAAGCUUUUUCUUUUUAAACAGUGUACUCCUGCAUUGCCUAAAG